UAGGUUACUCUCCUCUAGCUUUAGAAAUUUUGCUUCAGGGUGAAGACAAGAUCCGAGCCGGUUUAAAACGGUAACUCUUUGCCUUAAAAGGAUGCAGGGAAUCUUCCUCUGGCAAAACAACUGCUUUGCACUCGGAUAUUUACAGCCUAGCCAAGCCUGCAUGCUUUUCAAGAGGCGCGCAUAGCAAAACUGUCUGAGCGCGCUCAGCGACUGUUCACUGCGAAAGGCAGUGCUACGGAGAAGAGUCUAGCCUGUAGCAGAGCCUUCCCGCGCCGAGGCCAGCCUGUGCUCCGCCCUCAGGCUCGCCGCCACCGGCGGCCAGGCGCUCCCUGGGUGGGGCGGCGGCCCGUGCAGAUGCGGCGGGCCACGCGGGGCCGCUGCUGCAGCCGGCUGGGCGGUGCGCCCGGGCAGCCUCAGCCGCGCGCCGCGUCGCUGUAAUCGGACACCGAGCGCUCGCCCCCGGCGCCCGGCCACUUGCCAUUCACUCCGUGGUGCGGGGUUGAGCGACGUGGAGAAGGGCUCCGGGUGCCCCGGCUCUGCCGCCCGGGAUUCUGCUACAAAGAAACUCAGCACCGGCCGGCAGGAAUUCCACCCUCCGGACUCACUAAGUCUUUAAAGGUCUUCUGGGGAAAGGACCUAGGGGACUGGAAAUCCAAACCCGGAGCAAGUGGCUGACUUCUCCUGGAUCUUUUCCCACCUCGGUAUUUUCCCUUGGAUAUUAAUUCCCAAAUCAGAAGAAAUGGCAUUCCGGGCGAUUUGUGUGUUGGUUGGAGUAUUUAUUUGUUCCAUUUGUGUACGAGGAUCUUCCCAGCCCCAAGCAAGAGUUUAUUUAACAUUUGAUGAACUUCGAGAAACCAAAACCUCUGAAUACUUUAGUCUGUCCCACCAGCAGUUAGACUACAGAAUAUUACUGAUGGAUGAAGAUCAAGACCGGAUAUACGUGGGGAGCAAAGACCACAUCCUGUCUUUGAAUAUCAACAAUAUCAGUCAAGAACCUUUGAGUGUUUUCUGGCCAGCAUCAACAAUCAAAGUUGAAGAGUGCAAAAUGGCUGGCAAAGAUCCUACACAUGGCUGUGGAAAUUUCGUCCGGGUUAUUCAGACCUUCAACCGUACUCACCUAUAUGUCUGUGGGAGUGGAGCGUUCAGCCCAGUGUGCACUUACCUGAACCGGGGAAGGAGGUCAGAGGACCAGGUAUUCAUGAUCGACUCUAAGUGUGAAUCUGGCAAAGGACGAUGCUCUUUCAACCCGAAUGUGAACACUGUGUCUGUUAUGAUCAAUGAGGAACUCUUCUCAGGAAUGUAUAUAGACUUCAUGGGAACAGAUGCUGCUAUUUUCCGAAGUUUAACUAAGAGGAAUGCAGUUCGAACUGAUCAGCAUAAUUCAAAAUGGCUGAGUGAACCCAUGUUUGUGGACGCACAUGUGAUCCCAGAUGGCACUGAUCCAAAUGAUGCUAAGGUCUAUUUCUUCUUCAAAGAAAGACUGACUGACAACAAUAGGAGCACAAAACAGAUUCAUUCCAUGAUUGCAAGAAUAUGCCCUAAUGACACUGGUGGACAACGUAGUCUUGUCAACAAGUGGACCACAUUCUUAAAGGCAAGACUUGUAUGCUCAGUCACAGAUGAAGAUGGCCCAGAGACACAUUUUGAUGAACUAGAGGAUGUCUUUCUGCUGGAAACUGACAAUCCAAGGACAACACUGGUGUAUGGCAUCUUCACCACAUCGAGCUCUGUUUUUAAGGGAUCGGCAGUGUGUGUGUAUCAUUUAUCUGAUAUACAAACUGUAUUCAAUGGGCCCUUUGCCCACAAGGAAGGGCCCAAUCACCAGCUGAUAUCCUAUCAAGGUAGAAUCCCAUAUCCUCGCCCAGGAACUUGCCCAGGAGGGGCCUUUACACCCAAUAUGAGAACCACCAAGGACUUCCCAGAUGACGUUGUCACUUUUAUUCGGAAUCACCCUCUCAUGUACAAUUCCAUCUACCCCAUCCACAGAAGGCCUCUGAUUGUCCGCAUAGGCACUGACUACAAGUACACAAAGAUUGCUGUGGACCGUGUGAAUGCUGCUGAUGGGAGAUACCAUGUUCUGUUUCUGGGCACAGAUCGGGGCACCGUGCAGAAGGUCGUAGUCCUUCCGACCAAUGGCUCUGCCAAUGGGGAGCUCAUUCUGGAGGAGCUGGAAGUCUUUAAGAAUCAUGUUCCCAUAACAACAAUGAAAAUCUCAUCCAAAAAGCAACAGUUGUACGUGAGCUCCAAUGAGGGGGUUUCCCAAGUCUCUCUGCAUCGCUGCCAUAUCUACGGCACAGCCUGUGCGGACUGCUGCUUGGCAAGGGAUCCAUACUGUGCCUGGGAUGGCCACUCUUGCUCUAGGUUCUAUCCCACUGGGAAGCGGAGGAGCCGAAGACAAGAUGUGAGACAUGGAAACCCACUGACACAAUGCCGAGGGUUCAAUCUGAAAGCAUACAGAAAUGCCGCUGAAAUUGUUCAGUAUGGAGUAAGAAAUAACAGCACUUUCCUUGAGUGUGCUCCCAAGUCUCCACAGGCAUCUAUCAAGUGGUUGCUGCAGAAAGACAAAGACAGGAGGAAGGAGGUUAAACUGAAUGAGCGCAUUAUAGCUACUUCCCAAGGACUACUGAUUCGCUCUGUUCAAGAUUCUGACCAAGGACUCUACCAUUGCAUUGCCACUGAGAACAGCUUCAAACAGACCAUAGCCAAGAUCAACUUCAAAGUUUUAGAUUCAGAAAUGGUGGCCGUUGUGACAGACAAGUGGUCCCCAUGGACAUGGGCUAGCUCUGUGAGAGCUCUACCCUUCCAUCCAAAGGACAUCCUGGGGGCAUUCAGCCACUCGGAAAUGCAGCUCAUCAAUCAGUACUGCAAAGACACCCGGCAGCAGCAGCAGCAGCUGGGUGAAGAACCACAGAAGAUGAGAGGGGACUAUGGCAAGCUGAAGGCUCUCAUCAACAGCAGGAAAAGCAGAAACAGGAGGAAUCAGCUUCCAGAGUCAUAAACAUUCAUCCAUGAAGUUUUGCUUCCAGGAACAAAUGCUCUGUCUUCACUUAGUCAACUAUUAAAUAAAAUCUUGUGCUUUACCCAUGAGAAAUUUCUGACAAAAGCUGGAGACUCACUCUAAAGUGCGUUCUCUGUGAACUGAAAAGAGCAUGCAUUUUCUUGUAUGAUACAGACUAGCACUAGACAUGUCAUGGUCCUUGUGGUGCAUAAAAAUAUUUAACUUAUCCCAGAUUUUAUUUAUAUCUUUAUGUGUCUUUUCUUCAAAAUCAAUGCGACAACAGAAGCAGAACUGUUACAUCCUCGGUUGAGCGAGGGCCAUAAAUUUCCCUGUGCUCUUCCUUCUGUGCUCUAGGGGUUUAGCUUUCUAAUGGUCACUGGUUUUUAUACAUGAAAAAGAAUUCCAGUUCACAAUUUUCACAUAGUAAAUGUCAUAUAAAUGUGUGUGACAUCCAGUGUCAUGUAGGCUACACAAAUGACAGGGAAGAGAGCAUCCAGAUGUUACGUAAAGUCAAGAGUGACUCAUAAAGAGACAGUGAUGAGUUCAUAUGCUUCCAGUGAUUUAUCUUCUUGCUUGUUCCUUUCUUUAAGAUUGUAAGAUGUGUCGGUUGCUGAUAUCUGCCAUCCAUUUUUGUUCUCUUGUUUCAGAAAAACAAAAUGAAUAGCCUGUACCAUCCUUUGAUGGGAGAUCUAUCAGUGAGACAUUGAUAUUUCUACUGUUAUGUUAUCAUCUUCCAAACAAAAGCGCUUUGUUUUUUGGAAGUUAUUUAAGUUAUUAUAGACUUACAUAAACUAUUGCAUUAUUUAAUUGAUUUACUGUUUUGGUUUUAAUCCCCUAGUCUACCUGGAAAAUUAAAGACAACAGGGAUGCAGUAUUAUUAAAGCAUUCAACGUUUCCAUGCAGAGUGAAGCUAUCCAAAGGGAAAAAGAAGAUCAAAGCAUACAAUUUGUCAUGUAAAGGAAUUAGUAACAUGUAGCUUGUUUUCCAUGUUAAUAAUCAAAUUCUAGGAGUAAUUUGUACAUCCAAGGAACCAGUUUCACAAAGCAUAAUGAUUUUUCAGGCAAGGUAUCAUGAUUUGUAAACAUAUCUGUGAUGGGAAAGUGAUUAUUACAUCAAGAAAGAAAAUCUCAACACAUUAUAAACAAAACAGACUUCUUCUUUUAAAGACUAUUUUCACCCAGAUAUUUUUUCCACUUGAUAAUACUUCUUUAGGAAUGUUGAUACACAUGUUUAAGGACCUGUGUAACCAUUGGAAAAUUUUAGCACUAUCUUCUACUUAUAUACUUGGAUUGUUUCAUGAGAAAAGUAUAAUACUAAAAUUAGUUUCUCCAAUUUAAAUGAAUAAAAUAUAGGAGAUUUUCUUAUAUGUCUUUUAAUUAUACAACUUUCACUUUAUUUAAUUUUAUUUUAAUAUGUUUAUAUUUUCAGAUAAAAAGAGAAGUUUUACUAAAACACCAUUGAAACAUACUUCUUAUUAACAGUCCAUCUAGAAUGUAACUAAAGGGGAUCUAUAUCAUUUUAUAAUGCUGUGGAAAAAACUCCAGGAAGUAAAACUAUGGAUAGCAGUGUAAGUUGGUAGUAGACUACGUGUUUAGCAUGUACAAAGACCUGGGCUCAAACAGAAAGAAAGGAAGAAAGAUACCGAGGAAGGAGGGCAAGCAGGAAAAAGAACAGACUGACUGGAGAGAAGAAGGGCAGGAAAGAGGUAAAGAAGGCAAAGAAAGAUGGAGGGAAUACAUUCAUUAUCAGAAGAUUAAAAAAUGUUAGUUAAAUGAUGGUCAAUUCUGGUGUUCUUAAGAGUGCACCUCAGUGUUGUAGAAAACACCAGUUAUAAUAGCAUAAAUGUACCCAAAUGUGUACAGUGCUACAAUAAUCUAUAGUGUUAGCAUAUGCAAACGGUUAGCAUGUUUAAAAUGUUCACACUUUGGGUUUUCUUAUACAUAUAAAAAUAGCCAUGUGCUCACAUGUGAUGCUAACACCAUCCUCUUUCUGUGUUUGUGAUUAAUCUAUUGUAUGGAAAGAGCUAAAGUAAAAUGAUUUCCAAGGCACACUUCUCCUUGCUCCACUUACCUUCAAACUGCCAGUCACUGAUGCUUAGAUCUAUGCUAUUAGUUGUUCCAAUUAUCACCUCCUGGGUUUGUUUUUAACCAUAAUUACAUUUCAAAUCUUCAUUUCUUUUUCUUAAAGAUAUAGAAAUUACUGUGCAGCAUAGCCCGGCCAAAAGUAAAACAUAUAUAUCUCUCAAAGACAUAACGAAUACAUAUUGAGUAUGGGUGAUUACUCGGUUUUAUUUUGUUUACUUGGGAAAAUUAAUGAUUAAACAUGUUUUUCUUUUGUAUUGUACAUAAAAUUACCUAGAAAUGCACUUUUCCUCCAAAAUGUAGGUUCGUGAAUAGACGUAGCAUGAUGAAGCUGUCUUUACAGUGAAUGCUUAUAGUAUGUAGAGAAAGCAAACUAGAUGUAGUUACCACAUGAGAAUUUAGAUGUUGAAAAAAAUAAUUUGUCUGGAAAAAUAAAGCAUUCAAUCCC